GUGAGGUGCUGUUGCUGUCCGAUUCCUAACCGCGUUUUCUGGGGCUUGAGAGUUGAGAAGAGAGAGCCUGCAUUGAGAUCGAGUCUGUUCGGUUUGACUGUGGACUGGUUAGAUGAGAGAUUCUUUAUUUUAUUUUUGACUUUGCGGUUUUUGUUUUGGUUCAGCUCGAGUGUUCUACGUUAAAUAUAUUGAAGAAACUAAAAAAUACAUUACUCGUGCAUUUCUAUUUUCUUAUUCUCCUGGGCAUUUCGCUCUCGUCAUCAUUCACUCCUGCUUCUUUGCGAAGCAUUGAAGCUUUUGGUUAUUUUUCUUUUUUCUUUUUCUUUUCUAAAUCAGUUUCGGUCGAUCCGCUUUAGAAUUUCGGGACGAUGAACUCUGCCACAUGUUCUGGGGUUAGUCCUGCCAUCAGCUUACGUGAUUCCAGUCUUCAUCGUUUGGAUCGUCAAUUUUCUGUGCCCAGGUUUGGUACAAAAAAUCUUGCAUAUGUCCUAGGCCACUCAGAUCAUAACAAGUCUGCAUCUCAAGCAUCCUUAAUUAUGUGCUGUAGCUCAGUUAAUCAAAGAAACGGUAUGAUGGGGGGAACUGUUUGUUGGGGUCCCUUCAGCAGGAGAAACAUAGUAGGUCAAACAUUUUGUUCUCUGGGUACAUACACUUAUGAUGGCCCUGCUUUAGAAUCACCUUCCCAUGUUAUGGAAGAAAAAGUUGGGGUGCUGCUUCUCAAUCUUGGAGGACCAGAGACGCUUAAUGAUGUUCAACCUUUCCUGUUCAAUCUUUUUGCUGACCCUGAUAUCAUUCGUCUCCCAAGGUUGUUCAGGUUUCUACAGCAACCAUUGGCAAAGUUAAUUUCUGUGCUUCGGGCACCUAAAUCCAAGGAAGGAUAUGCUGCUAUUGGAGGUGGCUCCCCUUUAAGAAAAAUUACGGACAAACAGGCACAUGCACUUAAAAUGGCUUUAGAAGUAAAGGGCCUUUCUGCUAAUGUUUAUGUUGGAAUGCGGUACUGGCAUCCAUUCACUGAAGAAGCUGUUCAACAAAUUAAGAGGGAUGGGAUUACAAAGCUUGUGGUGCUGCCUCUCUAUCCCCAGUUUUCUAUUUCGACCACUGGAUCAAGCAUCCGUGUUCUCCAACAAGCAUUAAGGGAAGAUAAAUAUCUGUCCAGUCUGCCUGUUUCUAUUAUAAACUCUUGGUAUCAACGAGAAGGUUACAUUAAGUCAAUGGCGGAUUUAAUUGAGGAAGAGCUUCAGACUUUUGCUGAACCUAAGGAGGUAAUGGUAUUUUUUAGUGCCCAUGGGGUACCUGUCAGUUAUGUUGAAGAUGCUGGUGAUCCAUAUCGAGAUCAAAUGGAGGAAUGCAUUUUCUUGAUCAUGCAGGAGUUGAAAGCUAGAGGAAUCAAUAAUGAGCACACUCUUGCUUAUCAGAGCCGAGUAGGUCCUGUACAGUGGCUGAAACCAUACACAGAUGAAGUUCUCGUUGAACUUGGCCAGAAAGGUGUGAGGAGUCUGUUGGCAGUUCCUGUAAGCUUUGUGAGCGAGCACAUUGAGACCCUUGAAGAAAUUGAUAUGGAGUACAAGCAUUUGGCUCUUGAAUCUGGUAUCAAGAAUUGGGGACGUGUUCCUGCUCUUGGUACCAAUUCAUCCUUCAUUAUAGAUCUGGCAGAUGCGGUAAUAGAAGCUCUCCCUUCAGCCACAGCCAUGUAUUCGCCCACUGGCUCCUCAGAAGUCGUUGAGCAUAAUGAUCCUGUAAGAUAUAUAAUCAAAAUGUUCUGCGGUUCAAUCUUGGCAUUCAUCCUGCUUUUGUCACCCAAAAUGAUUACGGCAUUCAGAAAUCUCAUCUAAAAGGAUUAAAGACUGCCUGCUGACUUUGAUGACGCUGAGGGCGUAUAGUUGAAGCUUUUGCUAAUAGAUGACGGGUAUACGUGUUUUCUUCAAUUCCUUGGAUCCUCCAAUAGACACAGCCGAGAUGCCCAAAAAAAAAAAAAAUCAGUAAUUUCACCCUCUUUUUUGAAUCUUUUUCCUUGGUAUAGUUUUUCUUAUCAUCAAUGGCGAGUUGUUUUAGUGAUAGCAUCACCUUCCUUACUUGGAAUAAGUUUUGAGUUCAAAUCUAGCAUUGACAUGUUUAUGUGCGGGUGGGUAUGUGCUUCUCUUUUCUAUGAGGAAGGGCUAGUUUAAGGGUGAUUUUUUAAAAAAAAAAAAAGUUUUCUUACACUUUUUCUAAUUUUUUGUAAGCAAUGAACUUCCUUAUGAUUCAUCAAAUAAGAAUCACUUUGCAUUGUUGUUA